AUGGAACCCAAUGGGUACAGGAAAGAAAGAAGGAAAGAACAUUUUGGGAGAAUGAAUGGUGAUGUUGAGACUGAUCUUGAUCCAUGGACUGCAUGGGCUUACAAGCCUCGCACUAUCUCUCUUCUCCUCAUCGGCGCAUGUUUCCUCAUUUGGGCAAGUGGAGCUCUUGAUCCUGAAAGCACUACAUCUGAUGAUCUUGUCACAUCUGUCAAAAGGGGAGUGUGGGCUAUGAUUGCAGUCUUUCUUGCUUACUCUUUGCUUCAGGCCCCUUCAACGGUUUUAAUCAGGCCACAUCCUGCAAUCUGGCGAUUAGUUCAUGGAAUGGCCGUCAUUUACUUAGUUUCACUUACUUUUUUGCUCUUCCAGAGACGUGAUGAUGCUAGGCAGUUCAUGAAGUUUCUUCACCCUGACCUUGGAAUCGAACUUCCUGAGAGAUCAUACGGUGCUGAUUGCCGUAUUUAUGUGCCUGAUCACCCAACGAACAGGUUUAAAAAUCUUUAUGACACAGUAUUUGACGAGUUUUUCUUGGCUCACAUCUUUGGAUGGUGGGGAAAAGCAAUUUUGAUCCGGAAUCAGCCCCUUCUGUGGGUGCUUUCAAUUGGUUUUGAGUUAUUGGAGCUAACUUUUCGGCACAUGUUACCAAAUUUCAACGAGUGCUGGUGGGACAGUAUUGUUCUUGAUAUCUUGAUAUGCAACUGGUUUGGGAUCUGGGCAGGAAUGUAUACGGUACGCUACUUUGAUGGAAAAACAUACGAGUGGGUCGGCAUUAGCCGCCAGCCUAACAUUAUUGGCAAAGUGAAAAGGACACUGGGGCAGUUCACACCAGCUCAUUGGGACAAAGACGAGUGGCAUCCGCUUCAGGGACCUUGGCGUUUUAUUCAAGUACUCACUCUUUGCAUCGUAUUCUUGACAGUGGAGCUCAACACGUUCUUUCUCAAGUUUAGCCUGUGGAUACCUCCUCGAAACCCAGUGAUCCUCUAUAGGCUGAUCUUGUGGUGGCUCAUAGCGAUACCAACAACACGGGAAUACAAUUCAUAUCUCCAAGACCGGAAACCUGUGAAAAAGGUGGGAUCUUUUUGUUGGCUUUCACUAGGAAUAUGCAUAGUAGAGCUUCUCAUCUGCAUCAAGUUUGGUAGUGGAUUGUACCCAACAGAAAUGCCAAUGUGGGUAGUGACACUUUGGGGAAGUGUGGGACUUGGGCUUGUGGCCUUCUUGCUGGGUUGGACAUGGAAGAUCCAGAAGAUCCUUGAGAGAAAGAGACGCUAA